ACUCGUUUUUUAACGAGCGGAGCAAGCAAGGCGUAAAAUGAUUAUGCAGUGCCGUUUAUCCCGUUUGCAGUGUAGUCGUGUAGUCGUGCCGGCGUGUCGGUAAUACGCGCACACGCACUCCGCGAUUCCCGCCUUUUCGUAGUGUUUGCUGCGACACCACCGCGCUUUAUAGUCUGUGUAUAUGAGUGACAGAACCGUGGAAACAAUGAAUCUGAAGUUGAAUAAUGAUAUCAAAGGCUCGCCAGCACCUCAGAAAUCAUCAGAUUCUCUUGUGAAGGAUGAGCAGAAAGCCAAGCGGUCUCAACGGGAGGAAGAACGGCGUCGAACGGGUCGGUACAUGGCCAUUCUGGUGGGGAUAUCUCUCUUCAUACUUGCGCUGUACCAUGCCUGGGUCCGGCGCAUCCCCAUAGUGGCCAGCCUUGUGGUACCAGCCCUCAUCAUGUUCGUAUAUGUCGCCUGGAUCCUCUACACAGCCUCCAGGGAAAAACACAGGUUUCGUCUGUUCGACGUAGAGGUGGGGCAGGCUGGCGACGAAGCCGAAGGCGACAUGGCUAUAUCGGAGCUAAAUCAAAACAACAUCGACGCUACUGUUGUGUCUGGAAAAGAAUCCACUUCAAGCCCUGAAGAAACAAACUGGACAGAAAUAUCAACAGCACUCAUGAAAGGAGAUAAAAAUACAAGAACAGAAGUUGAACUCAAUCGGCUACCUAUCAUCUUAGUAAACGACAAACCGCCUGAAGAUUUAGACCAGAAAUGGCUGAAUAUAGUAGAACUCUCUAAUAAUGAUAAACUCAAAGUUUUUCAUACUAGAAGAAGAUAUAAGAGGAGAUUCUGUAGGACAAGAAGGUACGCUGCCUUCAAACGGUCUUACUCGAUUGGCUGAUGUUGUUUAAAGCAUUGUACAUGAUUGUAUGUAUCUCGUAGUUAUAUUACUGUGAUUGAGUAUCUUUAAGAGGAACAAUGAACUGCCUUAUACUUAUAUAGCUAUAGUAGUAGGUAUCUGUGCUUAUAAAUAGGUGUUAUUAAGCUGAACAGCUGUUGUGUUUGUUGCUGCGAUGUCGAAUUAUUAAGUGCCUGUUCUAUAAUAUCUGUUAAGUUUAUGUUAGACUAGUUGAAAGAUUACUUGGAGUAGGUAUUAUUUAAGUUACAACUUAGUAAAGCAUUGUGAGACCUGACCUGAAUAGCUAUACGUUAUAACAUAAUAAAUACACGGUGAACUAAGGGUCCGUACUCACAUACGAAAUUACUCGAUCGAGCAAAACUGUCGAUUAAAACCCAUGGCAUGGGCUUUCGUCCACACAUUCAGCAUUAAUCUAUCGGGUGAGGCGCGCCGUUUAGUAUUCAUCGAACAAUUUAAGCCAAAGGAUAUCCAUGCACCAAGGAAAGAGCGAAAGAUCGACGGCUUCGAGUAGGUUCGAAGGAAAUUACUUUCAUUUAAUUCCAUCGAGUUAGCUCGGUGGCAGCACACGUUGAUUUUUACUCAACUUCGACUAACACCGUAUUUGAGUAUGGACCAUACUUCUAAGGAAAGGUAAACAAAUGACUGAUCUCGUAUUGAAGUUGUAGCUUUUCCUUAAUAUUUACAAAUUAGUUAAUCUAAAUUCAAUUUCUGUACAGUAUAGUCACAAUGAAGACGUAGUUACUCCAGUCCGUACUAGUAAUAAAAUUGUGUCAAAGGGGCUCUUUCCUAUUAUUUUGUAAAUAAUUUGUUUUGUUUUGUUUGUAUACAAAGAACUAAGUUUUUUUCCCUAUACAACUGUGGUCAUAAUCAGUACCCUUAGUACGAGUUUACGUUACUUUAUAGAAACUAGAGCCCGUUCGAUGCUCUGAUUGGUUUUUUAUUCGAGCGCUAACCGCGCUCGCGUUUUGAUUACUUUAAAUAUAAGUCAAACUCAUACUAAAGAUACAGAUGACUUCUUUACUAUUGAUCAAUUUAAAGGAAGAUGAGGGUUUUUAAUGAGAAACAUUUUGUUCCUUUAAUUAUAACAUGUGUCUGUAGGUAUUGUCAGGUAUUAAGUACAAUAUUAUGUCCGAUAUGUGUGGUCUAUCUAUGUCAUAUAUGUAUAGUUACUAUGUUGCUGCUGUAUAUAAAAACCCAGUACAUUAUUCAUGUGUAUGAUCCCGAUUGUAACUUUUACAUCUACUACUCGUAUUACUAUUUCUACUUGAAAUGUACACAUUCCUAUUUUGUGUUGUUGUUCAAAGUACAUAAAAGUAAAUAGCACGGAAAUUAAUAAAUUGUAUUGAAACAUUUGAUUUCUUUUCAAAGCCCGACAAAAUAUUGGGAAUAAAAUAAAAAUCGUGGAAACAUGAAAUCGGUGGUUCACAAAGCGAUAUUGAAUUCAGAGAUGUUCUAUAUUAUUAUUAUAUUUUUUAAUACUU